AUGGCAGGUACAAGGAGAUUGGGUGUAGCAAUGGAUUUCUCACCAUGCAGCAUCAAGGCAUUGCAAUGGAUGGUGGAUAACAGUCUUAAAGAAGGUGAUACCAUCUUUCUUAUUGUCAUUAAUCCAGAAGAGUACGAACAUGGUGAAAUGCAGCUUUGGGCGGAUACUGGUUCACCUAUCACACCUCUUGCCGAGUUCUCUGACCCUACAUUAUCAAAGAAAUAUGGAAUUAAUCCUAGUCAAGAAGUAUUUAAGAUUUCCAAAACAGUCAUGGAACAAAAUAAGGUUGAUGUACUAGUAAAGAUCUAUUGGGGAGAUGCUCGUGAGAAAUUAUGUGAAUCAAUUGAACACAUACCACUUGAUAGUCUUACUAUGGGCAACAGAGGCCUUGGAACUUUGAGAAGGGCCAUAAUGGGCAGUGUCAGCAACUAUGUAGUGAAUAAUGCUACAUGUCCAGUUACUGUGGUGAAGAGUUCGGACCAAAACCAUUAG